UGCGCCUGAGGCCCAGAAGGGGUAGCAGGCCAUGGCGGCGGCGACUGCGGCUGUGGCGGGUUGGCUGAGCUGGGUGCUUGCCGCGCUCUGUCUGGGCAGCACCGCGGGGGAGGCGGCGCCGGGAGCGGGACUGCUGGGCUUCUGCAUGGAGGAGGACAGCGCGCCGGGCGCAGGCUCACUGCGCGGAAGGGCAGCGCCGGAGGCCACUCUCUGCUUGCGACUCUUCUGCUCGGGCUUAGCAAACAGUUCCUGGACCUGGGUGGCCCCGGAGGGCGCAGGCUGCCCCGAGGGCGGGCGGGCGACCGAGCCCGACGAGGCGGCCGCCCCCACGGGCGAGUGGCGUGCGCUGCUGCGCCUGCGCGCCGAGGCCGGGCGCCCGCGCUCCGCGCUGCUGGCGGUGCGCGUGGAACCGGGCGGCGGGGCGGCCGAGGAGGCGGCGCCGCCCUGGGCGCUGGGGCUGGGGGCGGCCGGGUUGCUGGCCCUGGCGGCCGUGGCGCGCGGCCUGCAGCUGAGCGCGCUGGCGCUGGCGCCGGCCGAGGUGCAGGUGCUGCGCGAGAGCGGCUCGGAGGCGGAGCGCGCGGUGGCGCGGCGCCUAGAACCCGCGCGGCGCUGGGCCGGCUGCGCCCUGGGCGCGCUGCUGCUGCUGGCCAGCUUGGCGCAGGCGGCCCUGGCGGUGCUGCUGUACCGAGCGGCCGGCCAGCGAGCCGUGCCCGCCGUGCUGGGUUGCGCGGGGCUGGUGUUCCUGGUGGGCGAGGUGCUGCCGGUCGCCGUGAGCGGGCGCUGGGCGCUGGCGCUGGCGCCGCGCGCGCUGGGCCUCAGCCGCCUGGCGGUGCUGCUCACCUUGCCCGUGGCGCUGCCAGUGGGGCAGCUGCUGGAGCUGGCAGCGCGGCCAGGGCGUCUCCGGGAGCGCGUGCUGGAGCUGGCGCGCGGCGGCGGCGACCCCUACAGCGAUCUCAGCAAGGGCGUGCUGCGCUAUCGGACCGUGGAGGACGUGCUCACGCCCCUCGAAGACUGCUUUAUGUUGGACUCCGGCGCUGUCCUGGACUUCGGCGUCCUCGCCAGUAUCAUGCAGAGCGGCCACACGCGCAUCCCAGUGUACGAGGAGGAGCGCUCCAACAUCGUGGACAUACUGUACCUCAAGGACUUGGCCUUCGUGGACCCCGAGGACUGCACGCCGCUCAGCACCAUCACCCGUUUCUACAACCAUCCCCUCCACUUUGUCUUCAACGACACCAAAUUGGACGCUGUCUUGGAGGAGUUCAAGCGAGGGAAGUCCCACCUGGCCAUCGUGCAGAAGGUGAACAAUGAAGGGGAGGGCGACCCCUUCUACGAGGUGCUGGGCUUGGUCACGCUGGAGGACGUUAUUGAGGAGAUCAUCAGGUCUGAGAUCCUGGACGAGUCUGAAGACUACCACACCAAGGUGAAGAAGAGGACUGUUGCCCUGAGCACCCCCCUCAAGCGGAAGGAAGAAUUCUCCUUAUUCAAGGUGUCUGAUGAUGAAUAUAAAGUAAAAAUCUCGCCUCAGCUGCUCCUGGCCACCCAGCGCUUCCUUUCCCGAGAGGUGGAUGUGUUCAGCCCAUUGCGAAUCUCCGAGAAAGUCUUGCUGCAUCUGCUGAAGCAUCCCAGUGUCAAUCAGGAGGUGAGGUUUGAUGAGAACAACCGCCUGGCCGCACACCAUUACUUGUACCAGCGCAGCCAGCCGGUGGACUACUUCAUUCUCAUCUUACAGGGCAAGGUCGAGGUGGAAAUUGGGAAAGAGGGCCUGAAGUUCGAGAAUGGGGCUUUCACAUACUAUGGAGUGUCUGCUCUGACAGCUCCGUCUUCAGCUCACCAGUCCCCAGUGUCUUCACGCCAGCUUAUCCGCCAUGACCUGCAGCCUGAACCAACUGAGAGCACUCGCUCUUCCACAUACUGUCCUGACUACACCGUGAGGGCUCUUUCUGACCUGCAGCUCAUUAAGGUCACACGGCUGCAGUACCUUAAUGCACUUCUGGCUUCCCGAGCCCAAAGCUUGCCUCCGUCCCCAGAGAAUGCUGAGCUCCACGCCAUCCCAGGCAGCCAGACCAGGCUCCUUGGUGACACGUCUACUGAGACAGCAGCCUUCCCAGUAGGCCUUUCCCUCUUUGGCACAUUUGGAAACUGCAGUUGAUAAAUGACUGUGGACUAGUGAGCAUUUUUUGUUUUAAGAAAACACCAAGGUAAAUAUCUGUUUCCUUUUUCUUUGAUUUACUUUCCCCAUCCUUUAGCUGUUGGCAGGCACUCCAGACAGCUUCCCCAGGCAGUGGUGCCUUUCUUUUGGUGGGGGGAGUUGGGAGGGAUACUAUAUUUUAUGUUUAUAUAUUUACAUGACACACCUGUUAGUCCUGGAGCACAAGGCUUCCUUGUAGCACAGGGGCUCUUGAUCAUCCACGGAAGUUUCUUUUUGCCCAGCAUUGCUGCCUGAGCCCCCUGGAGUCAGAAAUACAUAGCACCCCCUAGGUACCAUGGCUCACACCUAUAAUCUCAGUACUCCAGAGGAUGAGGCAGGAGAACUGCCUUGAGUUUGAGGUCACUCUGCACUGCAUGGUAAAUUCCAAGCCAGCCAGCAAGACUUUGUCUCAAAACAAAAUAAGGGCUGGCAGUAUAGCUCUAUGGGUAAAGAUGCUUGCCACCAAGCAUGAUAACCCAAGUUCAGUCCCCAGGACCUAUGUGUAGAAGGUAAGAACUGAAUCUCACAGGUUGUCCAGGUUGUCCUCUGACCUCCAUACAUAUGUCAUGACAUGUGCAUAGCCUCACAUGUUUAUACAAACACACAAAAUAAAUGUAAGGAAAGCUGACUCACUAUGAAAAAUGAAAGAAAUAAAGUUUAAAGGCCAGCUAUGGUGGUACAGUCUAUAAUUCUCGUUCUUGGGAAGUGGAAGUAGGAGGAUCUGGCAUUCAAGAUCAGCCUGGGCUGCAUAAGACCCUGUCUCAACCCUGCUGCCCCAAAGAAGUGGGGAAAGGGCAGACCCACAAACCAAUGACAUAAAAAAAAAAAAAAACAAAAAACAAAAAAAAAAAAACCAAACAAUAGCUCAUCUUUGUCCUUUAUGGGUGACAUCUGCCCUUGGAAUGGGUUUCUCCCUUGAGGCCUACUGACCAUGUUCCUGACUCUGCUUUGAUGGUUCCUGAGGUGUCCUGGGGCCCAUCUAUCCAAGCUGUUUCUCUUUGUCCUGAAGGUUCAGUACUUUGUUUUGCUAGAGCCUGCUCUCUUAACUAGUGUGAAUACCGUUCUCUUUUUUCCCCCUCCUUAGGGUCCAGCAACAGCAGACCUGGCAUCCCAGUGGAGGAGAGCCCUGGGCAGAACCCAGCAGUGUAACUGCUUGCCAGGCAGCCCUGAGCUGGAAAUGGACAAGCGUGUGGGGAGCUGGGGAGAGUCAAUCAGGAGCUUCAUGCCAGCCUGUCUCCACCUAUUCUGGCCACGUUUUAGAUGGCCAUUAUAAGAUGUGGGUCCUGGGCCUUCAGGUGACCCUGCCUUCCCUUAGGAGAUUGGAUUGGCAGGUCAGUCCUUUGUGUCUGGGGAUGGAAGGAACAGCAUCAUCUCUAGUCCCCAGCUUUUCCCCUGAUGCUGUAACAGCACAGUGUCUAUACCUCCCUGAGCCAGGUGCCAUGUGGGUGCGCAGUUACUGCCUUUACAUGGCCUUGGCCUCUCUUUGUUUUUGGUUGGCCAACCCUCUAUUGCUGGCAUCACUUUGUGAGCAAACCAAGAGUGCCGGCUUUAGAUGGAGAGUCGAGUCUAUGGCCCUGUCGCGUACUUUUUGGCUUCCCUUACAAUGCCAUAUUUUGAUUCAUACACUCCAGUUUUUUCCAUGUGCCAAAUCUAAAAGCACGGUUCCCCCAAUAAAUAUGUGCCCUAGUUCUGCUCCCUCCUGUGGAGGUGGCUUCUCUGACUCCUUCUGAAGUCAUGAGCAGGCUGGCCCAGUUACACAGGAAGCCUGCCCAGCAUGGCCUGGGGUCAGCUUUCAUUUCUCCCCCACUUGUGCAUAGUACCACUAAUGGUAUUGUCAGUUUCUGUUUGAGGUCAUGGGUGGAAGGCUAAAAGUCAGUGUUGAGUGACCGCUUAUUGUACCUGCCUUGUACUUCUGUCCUAAGUCCAGGGAG